AAACUAUACCAUUGCAUAGAAAAACUCGAUUAUGAAUUGGGUAUAUAAACAGUAACCCAAACCUCCAGUUCCAAUAUAUGUUGAUUGGUAUUGACUGUCAAUAAUGAAAGCCUUUAUAGCCUUAGCCCUAAUAGUGUCGGUGAGCGCCGUUCCCCUCCAGGAACUGGACAGCGAAUGGAUUGGAUUCAAGAAUGAAUUUCGUGGGAACUCCUACUUAGGAGCGGAAGAGGAGGCUAUGCGGCGACAGAUCUUUGAGCGAAAUUAUGAGUACAUCACUGCCCAUAACGCUGAGGCUGACGAAGGUCUCCACACUUUCCGAUUGGGUGUCAACCAGUUUGCAGACAAGACUUUUCAGGAGUACCAACAACUCCUAACUCUGAGGUUAAAUGUAGACCACGUGAGCACUGAGUUAGUCGAGGAGGUGGUCGACCAGGCCCUACCCGACAGCGUAGACUGGAGGUCCAAGAAUGUGGUCACACAUGUCAAGGAUCAGGGACAGUGCGGUUCGUGUUUUGCAUUCUGUGCCGUCGAUUCAAUUGAAAGUCAAUACGCCAUCGCCACCGGAAAGCUGGUAGAGUUGGCGCCCUCACAGAUCGUCGACUGCAUCCAUUCCGGCGGUGAUGUCUGCCAAACAGGUGGCGAUCCGGUGGGUGCUAUCGAGUUGGUCAUCAAAGAGGGUGGCAUCGAAAAGGAGUCGGACUACCCAUACCACGCCCGGAUGGGCACCUGUCAGUUCUCCAAGAGUAAGAAAGCCGUGUCCGUCACCGGCGUACACACCCUACAGACCGGACAGGAGUCGGCCAUACAGAGCGCAGUGGCAAACGUGGGACCGGUAGCCGUAGGCAUUGACGCCAAUCACACCAGUUUCCAGCACUACAAGUCGGGUGUGUAUGUGGAGCCCCAAUGUAGCAAGACCAAACUCAAUCAUGGGGUGUUGGUUGUGGGCUAUGGCACUGAAGGUGGACAGGACUACUGGCUGGUUAAGAAUUCGUGGGGCACUAUCUUUGGUAAUCAGGGCUAUAUUAAAAUGGCCAGGAACCAUAAUAAUCAGUGCGGUAUUGCCAGCUAUGGUCUGUACCCAACGGGUGUUAAUUAA